CCACGGCACAACCCUUUCCUGACGUCAUCUGAUUAGGCGGUUUUCACUUCCUGACAGGGAGGUCACAAAAGACUUCACCGGAGUCUCCUUUCCGAGGUGUUCGCACUCUACACUAUCUGGAGGAAACAGAGCUGUGUUGAAAGAUCAUCUGUCCAUCAAGUUAACAAAUCCCUACAGCUUCCUGUUUCAAUCAUGUGUGAUCUCAGUCAAGAUGGUGUUUGGGAGUCAGACAAUGCGCCCGAUUUUUCCUCGUUGACAAGACGCAUAGACUCAUUCCGUGGCUCCAACCUUGCUAACAAGGUGCCUGCGGAAACACUGGCACAGGCUGGUUUCUUCUACACUGGCGAGUCUGACCGUGUCCGCUGUUUCAGCUGUAAUAUGACUUUGGAUAAUUGGUACAGCGGAGACAGGCCUGUAGACAAACACAAGCAGUUUUCUCCAUCAUGCACGUUUCUCACCUGCGUCCACCGUACCAGUUUUAACCAGAAUUCCAAUACUGCACUAAUCAGUGAAGAAGUAGGAGACAUGGAAUAUCGUUUGAGAACAGGAGAAGUGGUUGAUGAGGCCACCUACCCUAAAUUUCCUCACAUGAGAAAUGAAGAAGCCCGACUUCGGACCUUCUCUUCUUGGCCCAACAGUACUCCGGUGAGACCCAGAGAUCUGGCCCAAGCCGGCUUCUUUUACGUGGGGCAGAGUGACAAGGUUCAGUGUUUCUGCUGUGGUGGUCGGCUGAAUGGGUGGGAACCAGGAGAUACUCCCUGGAGUGAGCACAACAAGCAUUAUCCCAACUGCUUCUUUAUCCUUGGGCAUGAUGUCAGGAACAUCCCAAUCCAGACAGGUAUAGAGGAGGAUGCCAGCAACAAUCGGUGUGCAAAUGACCCGGCCUUAAUGCAGAAUUUUGAGGCAAGGCGUGCUACUUUUGCUGGUGUCUGGCACCCUAUUGACCACGAGAGGCUUGCCAGAGCUGGCUUCUACAGCACAGGAAGAGGAGACGCAGUCUUGUGUUUCCAUUGCGGUGGAGGCUUGAACAAUUGGCAGCCUGAGGAAGACCCUUGGGUGGAGCAUGCCAAACACUACCCAGGGUGCAGCUUCCUUUUGGCAAACAAAGGGCCAGAAUUUGUCAACAGCAUCCAGCUACAAAGACCACACGACAGAGCUGCUUCAAGUCAUCAAAAUCCAGUUUCAGAAGAUAUGGAAGAUGAGGACCCACUGGAGAAACUACAGAGGCUGCAGAGGGAAAAACAGUGCAAAAUAUGCAUGGACAGAGAUAUUGCCAUUGUAUUCAUUCCAUGCGCUCACCUUGUUGCUUGCGAGAAUUGUUCACAGGCCCUCAACAAGUGUCCGAUCUGCUGUCAAGACAUAACACAGAAGAUCAAGACCUAUAUUGCUUGAGAACAAUAUAUUCUUGCUCAGACGCAAUGCUGCUUUUACACUGUCAUUAUAAUAUUGUAAUUAUAUCGUAAUUGUAAAGUAGAGAGCCUAUAAUAUUAUUUAUGGAUCAAUUUUCUUUAAUAAAUCUUAGAAUGAUAAUGUGUAAAACUAUAUUUUCCUAGCCCUUACAAUGGUAAAUAUCUGUAUAGAUGUAGAUGGUUUUAUAAAUAGUUCCUUGAGAUGUAAAUACACAUUAAAGGGCUGUUCCUAUGUUGAAACACAUUUAGCCAGAAGUGCCUUUCUUUUGGUUUAUGUAUUCUAAUGCAUCACUUACCACAGAUAAAUUGACUUGGAUGUUAUUGCUGUCAUUUUCAUCCACUUUUAUCCUAUUUAUUCGGAUUUAACUUGUGUGUUUUAUGUAUAGAACCAGUUGCUGUGUCUUUUACAUUUCUAAGCUCAAGUUUAGGGCUUGGAGUUAACCAUUGUAAUGUUAGAAUCAUUUUAUUGUUUCUUUAAUUAAGUGUGAAUAAAUAUUUAUGCAGAC